GGGUGGGGCCCGGAUGGGACGCCCCCUCGGGGGAACCCAAUGAGAGAGCCGGGCCCGGGCCGGGGGGGCGGUACCGGCAGUCACAUGCUCACCUGGGUCGGGGGGCGGAGCCAGAGCCGGGCCGGGCCAGGCCGGGGCGGGGCUUGGCAGGUGAGUGACAGUCUCCGGGGCCGGACUCCGACGGGAGCUGGGAGCUAGGUCGGAGUCGCCUCGGCCGCCGCGUUCCCCCCCUUUCUGCUCUCUCCGCGGCCUCUUGUCCCUGCUGGUCCCGGCCCCAGCCCCCCUGGCCCGACCACCCGGGGCGGACCCUUGAGCGCCGUGGGAGCCGCCCUCCAGCCCGCUCUCCCGCAAAGUUUGUGGCGGAGCCGGCGUCGGGGGCUGAGCGCGCCCCGGGGAGCGAGGGGGCAGCAACCGAUGCCGAACGGCCGGAGCAGUUGAGUCCGGAGUGGCCCGGGACCCCUCGGGGCGUCGGAGGAGCAGCCAGCCCGCCGCCGCCGGUGCAUGGGGCCGGGCUGAGCCGCGGCCAUGGGCAACUGCGUGGGGAGACAGCGCCGAGAGAGGCCGGCCGCGCCGGGACACCCCCGCAAGCGCGCAGGACGUAAUGAGCCCUUGAAGAAGGAGAGGCCCAAGUGGAAGAGUGACUACCCCAUGACAGAUGGGCAGCUGCGGAGCAAGCGAGACGAGUUCUGGGACACUGCCCCAGCCUUUGAAGGCCGGAAGGAGAUCUGGGACGCCCUUAAGGCAGCCACCUUUGCAGUGGAGGCGAAUGACCACGAGCUGGCGCAGGCCAUCUUGGAUGGAGCUUCCAUCACCCUGCCCCACGGUUCUCUGAGUGAGUGUUAUGAUGAACUAGGCAAUCGCUAUCAGCUCCCCGUCUACUGCUUGGCGCCUCCGGUCAACUUGCUUCUAGAGCGCAGCGAGGACGAUGGGGUGGAACCUCCAGAACCAGCCCCCAGUACCCGGCGCGAGUUCCCUCUUAAGGUGCGCCUGUCCACUGGCAAAGAUGUGAGGCUCAAUGCCAGCCUGUCCGACACGAUCGGGCAGCUCAAGAGGCAGCUGCAUGCCCAGGAGGGCAUCGAGCCUUCCUGGCAGCGCUGGUUCUUCUCCGGGAAGCUGCUCACCGAUCGCAUGCGGCUACAGGAGACCAAGAUCCAGAAGGAUUUUGUUAUCCAAGUAAUCAUCAACCAGCCCCUGCCGCCCCAGGACUGACGCUCCCAGAGAGAGGGCAGGGAAGGGCUCCUCCUUCCACCUGGAACCCCAGGCUCACCCUCCUGCUGCCCUCGAUCACUCUUGUCUUUUUCAGGUGAUACCUUCCUUGGUUGCUGCUUUUGUUGGCAGUGGAGGAACACUGCCAGGUGCCUCUGGGGUUACUUGAUAAAGGCCUCCGAGAAGCAGUGCUGCUACAUACAAGCCCCCAGAAUAGGGUUUUUUGCUGAUCCUGGUGCAAGAAAAGCAGGGGAUUGCUCACUUCUCCUGGGCUAACAAGGUAGCCUCCUGGCUACACCUCUCCCACGGCAGGGUAGGGCAAAUCACUUCUGGCUAAAGGGCCAGCGUCCCCUGGCCCGUCGGGCCCAGAUCUAUCUAGUCUGGUGCUGUAGGCUGUGCUUACUACCAGCUUUUCCUCAGGGUCGGAAGCAGCUUCUGCCUCCCCACACUCCCGGCUCUGUCGUGGGCACGGUGCCAGGUCCCCAUUCGUGAAGGGGACCAACAGUGAGUCCCAGGGAGCGGCGAGAGCUGAUGAGGGCCCUCCCCUCUCUCCCUGCCCCAGCACAAUUGGCAAGGGUGAGGGUGUGUGGCAGAGAUGUAGCCUGAGCCGUUCCAGAAUAUUUCUGGACAGACUCAUCUUCCCAGAUGGAAUCCUGGCGUGGCUGUCUCCAGGCUGGUUGUCUUUCCCAUGGUGGGUCCUUGUGUACAGAAAUAUUUGCAUAUUUAUCAAUAAAACCUUUUGCUCCUUCUGUCCCGGCUGCUCCUUG